AUGGCAGAAGCAGAAGUCUGGAAGCUGCCCCCGCCACUGCCCCCUCGGCUGGACUGGUUUGUGCACACCCAGGCGGACCAGCUGGCCCAAGGUGGGAUCCCAGAGUGGUUCCACGGCACCAUCACGCGACAAGCUGCUGAGAACCUGCUGGAGCGUCAACCACCGGGAACCUUUCUUAUCCGAGUCAGUCACAGCCACGUGGGCUACACCCUUUCCUACAAAGCUCAGACCUGCUGCCGUCACUUCAUGGUAAAGCUCUCAGACGACGGGACUUUCAUCCUUGCUGGGGACCAUACGACCCAUGCCUCUCUGGACGCCCUUGUCUCAUUCCACCAGCAGAAACCUAUUCGGCCGUAUGGGGAGCUGCUGACCCAAGCCUGUGGCCAGGAGGAUCCAGCAAACGUUGACUACGAAAAUCUCUUCCUGUACUCGAGUGCCCUGGCUCAGGGCGCUGAAAGCCAAGCUUGUGGCCCCACGGAAGGCCAGAGGCCUGCUUCCUGCCCACCCGAGGAGGCUCUGGAAAGGAAACCUUCCACCGCAACUGAUGGAAAGCUCGCAUCAGCCCCCAGCUCCCCAAAAGCACUUUUUGGGGAGGCGAAACAGAAACUGUGGAAGAACCUGAGGACACUGCCAGAGACCAGCCAGAGAGUGAAACAGCGGCUCACUUCGCACCUGUCCGCCACAAACCUGCUGGGGGACGCCAGGCCUGUGGCACAGCAUCAUAGAGCUAUGACUCGAGCAUCCAGCUGGGACAGUGCCCACCACUCCGCAGGUGCCGGUGCUGGUGCAGCCACCUCCACAGCCUCCAGACCUGCCAGCUGGAGGGAGAUGGUCUCAGGGGUCAAGGCCUGGCGUGAAAAGCUGGUGAGGGCCCUGUCAGUCCAGGCCACCAAAUCAGAGCCUGUAGACUUGCCAGAAGCCCAGGACUGGCUACCUGAGGAAUACCUCCCACCACCGCCUUUCGCCCCUGGGUACUGACACAUCCCCUCUGUCUUGGUAGUCCCCACCGCUGUCCUCCCAACCAGGGAACUGUGCUAAAGAAAGAGGUUAUGGGGCUGAAUUCUGCAGUUGCCAGCCAAAGGACCUGAUUGUCCUAAUAAUAAUAGUAUUACCGCUUUAGGGACUCGGGUGAGACGGCCCAGUGGUAAGGGGGUAAAGACAUUUGCAGGCAAACCUGACUUUCUGAGAUCAAUCUCUGGUACUCACGUGAUGGAAGGUGAGACCCAACUCUGAAAGUUGUCCUCCGACCUCCAUAUACAUGUGUUGAUACACACACGUUUUGACACAUAUAUGUAGUAAGCAUAACCUUAAAAAUACCACAGUGACUUUGUGGGCAAAACACAUGCCAGGCCUGUAUCCCAACCUCUCUGAUCAUGGGUUAGCCCUCUGUAUCCGUGGGCUCCACAUUCCACACUCAGCCACGUUAGCUUACUUAGGGAAUUCCAGACCAGUGUUAAAAACAUCUGAGCAGGUGAGAUGACUCAGGUAAGGCUGCUAAGCCUGAGGAUCUGAGCUUGAGCUGUGGGACCCGUGGUGGAAGGAGAGAUCAGACCCGUGGUGGAAGGAGAGAUCAGACCCACGGUGGAAGGAGACAUCAGACUCCCGCAAGCUGCCCUCUGACCUCCGCACACGCUGUGGCACACGUGUGUCUCUUCCACACUAAUAAUAUUAUAAAAAGAAUUAAAGCCACCUUGGACAGCCUCUGAGGGGCAACAGCCCACUUGUAUGAGAACACACGUGCACAUGCAUGCCCCCCACCCAAAGGCACCUGUACAGGGCAGGGACUGGCAGUGGCCUCUGAAGGGCUGUGUGAACUGUGAUGAACGUAGACCUCUCUGGUCUUCAUUUGGGAGAUGGAGAAGACAGCCGUUCUUUCUCAGGGGGAGCAUGCAGAAAAGAGACAAGGAGGACUUGGGGCUUUUAGUUAUCACAAUCGCUAUUGUUGUUAAUUGAGACAGGAUCUCAUGUAUUCCUGGUUGUGCCAGGACUGACAGAGAUCUGCCUGCUACGCCUCCUGGGUGAUAAUAUUAAA